AUGCCUGAAUUACAAUGGAAAGGAUACGCCGUUCGCGACACUUCCAAGUGGACCGAAUUCAAGGUCAUUGACUUUACCCCCAAGACUUUUGACGAGGAAGACGUAGAUAUCAAAAUUGAAUGCUGCGGUAUUUGCGGUAGCGAUCUUCAUACCAUCACCGGCGGAUGGGGCCAACCCAUGCUUCCCGUCAUCCCAGGCCACGAAAUCGUUGGCCAAGUCGUUCGCGUUGGAUCCAAAGUGAAAGAAUUCAAACUAGGCGAUCGUGUUGUUUGGUCCUGCAACAAAUGCGCCAACUGUAAAAACGACAACGAGAACUAUUGCCGUCAUUUGGUUGACACCUAUAAUGCUAAGUACCCCAACGGAGACAUAGCAUACGGCGGCUACUCGACUGCCAUCCGCGUUUCCGAGCGUUAUGUGUUCGCCAUUCCCGAGAAACUCUCCUCGGAACAGGCUGCGCCUAUGCUGUGUGCUGGGCUCACGGUAUUCAGCCCGUUGGUCCGUAACGGCGCUGGUCCCGGUAAGAAAGUUGGCGUUGUGGGAGUUGGCGGGCUCGGUCAUUAUGCGAUUCAGUUCGCCAAAGCCCUGGGGGCUGAGGUCACUGUCUUCAGCAGCAGCACGGGAAAGAAGGCCGACGCCAUCGAGAUGGGCGCGGAUAAAUUCGUCGUAACUCGCGAACCUAACGCCUUGGAGAACAUGGAGAUGACCUUGGAUCUCAUCAUAUGCACCGCUGACGUCUCUCAUGGAAUCCCGUUGACGAAGCUCUUACAGACGCUUACCAUCCAUGGGAAGCUUGUCAUGGUUGCUUUGCCCGAUGAAAACCUACCUGAUCUCCAAGGAGCUAGUUUUAUCUCCAAUGGAUGCUCCCUGGGUGGUUCGCACAUAGGGAGCAAGAAGGAAGCUAUUCAGAUGCUCAGCCUCGCUGUAGAGAAAGGCGUCAAGAGCUGGGUUGAUGUUAGACCUAUGUCCGAAGUCGGAGAAUGUGUGAAGCGCGUCAAGGAAAAUAAAGUCAAGUACCGACACGUCCUCAAGUACGUAUCUUAG